AUGUUUCCAGUCGGGAGAGGACACAAACUUUGUGAGUUAGCUAGACAGUCAGUAUUAUCAACAGGUGAGCAUUCAUCGCCAAAGUCUACGAUGAGUAAGGCAACUGAUAAUUUCAACAAUACCGAAAUAGUCACUUUGAGAACUGUUGCAGGGGAAUCUGUUACUAGUCAGAAUGUACCAAUAAUACUUCCUCCGAAUACAGUAGGACAAUAUAUUCUUCAAAACAUUACUAACAAAGUUGAAGUGGAAAACUUUUCAGAUCAGAAUUCAAUUAUUGCAGGACUUCAAACUUCAAACACUGAACUAAACUCUGAUCAAAUACUUGAUGAAAAUUCAUCAACUGGUGGAUCAGAAUAUAAACCAAUUCAUGAUAGCCAUACUGAUGAAUCUGAAUAUUUUUCCGAAAGUCAUGAAUCAGAUCCCGUAACCGAUCUUGCUCCAAAUAAUCAUAACAUCAACGAGGGGCAAAAAAGAAGAAAGUUGGCCGAUCCUACUCAAUGGAAACGAAACAGAAAUAAGAAACUCCGAAUGGAAAGAAAACCUUAUAUAAGAUUUGUGGAUUCAGUGCACGCUUGUGUUGAAAGAAAAUUAAAAAAUAGGGAAAUCAAGCUUCCAUGUGAUUAUAUUACUAUUACCAGAGAAGCUAGGAAAAACCCAGCUCCAUAUGAAGCAGUAAACUGCGAGUAUAGUUUGUUUAAAAACUAUUCAACGCCUUUGAGAUAUUCAUCGAUACGACCAGGUAGAGUAUCAAAAGAUUCGGUAGUAGUUAUGGAUAUCAGGGUUAUUGAUUAUGAUCCAAUGGGGGUUAUCAGGGUGGAUCAUUCAAAUUUAGAAUUAUCUGAUUUACCCAUAAGAUCUAAAAAGUUUCCUCCGACUGAAAACUAUCCUAAUUUGUUCACGCAAAGGUGUACAAAUCCAAAAUCAAAGUGGCAACACAUAUAG